ACAUGUCAAUCCUGAUUUAGUAGAAAUUUGUCAGCAGCAAAGCGAAACUUGAUUGAAUUUUCUAAUGUUUAAUACUAAAAAAUCUACAUUCAGAUCUUUCUUCAGUUGCCUCAGUCCAAUAAUAUGGUUUAUUUGAAACAAGAACCAGUGAUAGUGUUAUCGUAAAUUCGUAGAAUUUAAUCAGAUAAUGAACAACAUUAAAUUUUCGUUUGGUGUUAUAUGUGAUCUAGGAUAGUCAUGCCUGAUUGUCUAACGUGCGCCAAACCUGGCGAUGGCAAUGAUCAGCCGCUCGCAGUCGAUGCCAGGAAGGACAUCCAAAAUGCACUGUGCAAGCACUUUUGGUUUGCUGAAGAACAAUACCUCCACAGUUACAUUUGCCAUCCAUGUUGGCAGAAGAUUGAAGAUUUCCACCGGUUCUACUGUGAAGUGAGAGAACUGCACUUUCCCAAGCAGGAGAAACUUCUGGAACUUCUUCAAGGAUUUGAACUCAAUCCUCCUGAACAAAUGGACGAAUGCGGCGUAGCGGAAGACCAUGCAACCGAUGCGGAGACCGGUUUGAUCAAAUGUGAAGAUCUGCAGAUAGAAGUCGUUUCGGAUGAUUCUUCUGCACAGUUAGUUGAAGUCAUGGAAGCCCAGGACAAUAAAGAGCCUGCCGGCAAAGAUAAGAGCAAAGAGCAACGCGCAAAUGUGCGGCGUAAGAGCAGAGGACCUUUGCGUCGAGUGAGAUUGGGAAGCGAAGAUUUGAAUGCGGUACAGGAGUGGGUGUCGCAAAAUUUGACCCUAGAGUGUGAUACCUGUUCGCAACAGUGCCCAACCUUCGACGGUUUGCAACGGCAUUCCAUGAUGGAACACGCCAAGAAAGCGUUCGUGCUCUGCUGCUGUCUCAAGUUCUCGGAUAGCUAUCGAUUCGUGGACCAUAUCCGGUUCCAUAUGGAUCCGAACCAGUUCAAGUGCCCUCGGUGUUCCAGGCAGUUUGGCAAUCGGGGGCUACUGGGAAGACACACUCGAGCUUGUGGGACGAAAAGUUCGAACCAGCAGAAAGCAGCAGAUAGAUCUAGUUUAGUGGAAACUGAAAAUGUGGACAAUGGAACAAGUUCGGAUGCCGUGACGAACACAGAAGACAAACAUAACGAUAUGAAAUACGAAAUCGUGGACGAAGAGCAAAGUGACGGCGAGGAAGACUCCGAGCAGGAGAUUUAUUAUUCGAAAAAAUCAAGCGUUACGCAGCAUGAAAAAGUUGAUUUCGAUCCAAUAAGAUCAAAACUUAAAAGACUCACAAAACUGACCACUGAGGAAAAAAUUGAAAUUCAAAAAUAUGUUUCAACCAAUGUGAAGCUGGCAUGCGACACGUGCUCGGAGCGAUUUACAUCAUUCUAUGAGCUGCAGAAGCACUCGUUGAUGCAGCACCAAAAGCGUUCGCUUAUAAUAUGCUGUAAGCGAAAGUUUUUAGUGAGCUACAAGUUCAACGAUCAUAUACGGUACCAUUUGAAUCCGGAACGGUUCAAAUGUUUCGAAUGUUCCAAAAUAUACCCGGAUCGGUCAGCGCUGAACAGACACACGCAAUUCGUGCAUUCGAAGGCUAGUAAAAAGGUCUAUACUUGCCAAGUGUGCCAAUGUACAUUCCUGACGGAACAGAAUUUAACAAUACACGCAACAAUCCACGAAGAAACAGUUCCGGAUGAUAGUGACACUGCUAGUACGACUUGUUCUAAUAUAAGUAAACGUGAUGGCGAUGAGAUUAUUGCGAAGAACAUUACCCUGGAGUGCGACACGUGCAAGGAGAAGUUUGACACGUUCCUGGCUUUGCAAAGACAUUCCAUGGCCGCACACGAAAAACAAGCCUCUGUGUACUGCUGUGGCUUAAAAUUCGUCCAGAAGAAUAGACUACUCAGCCACAUCACGCGCCAUCUCGAUCAGUCCAAGUUCCAAUGCAAACUGUGUGACAAAGUCAUGUCCGAUCUGCCCAAUCUGAAAAACCACAUGGAAACGCACCUUGUGCCGGAAGAGGCCAAGACCUUCGAAUGCCCUCACUGCCCAAAGAUGUUUGUGAACCAGACGACCUUGAACUGUCACGUUCGGCGUCACAACUCCACGACGGCGGUCGUGAAUGUGUGAAUCAACUUUCCUACAAGUAUCGGAUAUGGAAUCAGAAAUGAGAAACUUGAUUGGAUUGAAGAAACCAAUGGCAUCGAACACGUAACAUUUGCAAAUGUUCAACUCGAAUGGUCAUCAGUGGACAAGUUCAAGCAAAAAGACGUGAUCUGCGUGUAAUGAAAUGAAUCGAGCGCAAGAUGGAACCACGUCCUUAAAUGUUGUCAGUUAAGGUCAGAUUGCAUCUUGAAGUACGUUUAGAAAGAUCAAUGCUAUAAAGUCUCAUUUAUACGUGUAA